UUGUGUUUCUAUUCCUCGCCACUACUUGUGCCAAAGAGUAUGGAAAUAAUUUAUAAAGAGGUGGGAUGACAUUGUGAAAGAUUACCAAAGGCAUGAUAACUAUAUAAAAUAAUGCACCUGUUAAGGGUCUUCCAUCUCCCCAUAAGGUGUCAGAGGUAUCUACUAUCUUAAUUGUGGAAAUAAUUUUGGCAAUAUUAAUAAAAAUCAUAAUAUAUAUAAUGCAUGGUCUAUGUGGUCUAUGCAUAUAUACAUGGUCUAUGUGGUACUAGGCUUAGUCAUCAGAUUAUAACAUUCCAAUGGCUAUAACCAAUAAUUAUCAGGAUGGGAGUAUAUGCAUGUGCAUCAUAGUGCAUAAGUACUUUGAUAAGUGACUCCUUUGCAAAAAGCCAUAUUGUCCUUUGGUCUUGAUGACAGAUUCAAGGAAUUUCAAUGACCAAAACUUGUCCCAGCAUGAGGACAAUGCUCCAGGCAUUAUAUUGGAGAACAAAGGAAAUAGGAGUUCUAUUUAAAUGUAAUGUUGGAAAGUUGGACAGAUCAUCAUAAGUUGACAUGCAAAAACAAGUUUUCUACAGAUUUGGCACACUUUCAUCUCAAUGUUGUAUGUUUGUGCUUUGAGGAGGGGUAUCAAGUUGGAUAAAAACUAUUUCCCUACAUCUAAUUAACAAAGCCAAAGCUCUGCUGCUUAAGUGCAUCAUCAUGGCGAUUGAGGACAUCAUCAAGGCUGGCCGGCGCCUCGUGGAGGGCAACAUCUCGUCCCGGCGGGCUCUGUUUCUGGUGAUCGUGGCCUCGGCGUUCGUCCUGUAUGUGGGUCCUGGUAUGCUGCGCUGGCUGCUCGGCUCAUCCCGGCCGCGGCCGCUCCCGCUGCCCAACGUGCACUCCGCCGACGGACCUCGGCAGUGUAUCCGUGAGCGGCUGUACGCUUUCGAUGCCGAGCUAGCCCGGCUCGACUCGGUGCUGUCACACGUGCCGCCGCGGCCCGGCGACCACCAGCACGUGCCGUACGUGGGCAACGGCCACGUGGCGCUGGCAGCGAGCGAGGACUCGCCCGUGUACGCGCGUGACCAGCGGACGCUGAACGCCAGCGUGCCGUUCAUGCCAGUGGUGAGCGCCGUGCUAGAUGGCGCCACUGAAUCGCCGCAAGAGGUCGUGGUGGUGCAGUACGUGGACGGCGUGGUGCAGCGGCUGCAGUGUUAUCCGAUGGGUGACCGCUCCCUGGACGUCACAUACAAGUACUUCGCGCAUCGGACGCUACCGGGUCUGCUGGUGCAGGAGAUCAAAGUGCGGAACCCAACCGAGCUUGACCAGAUGCUGGAGCUGCGCCAGCGCGGCGUCUCCCAGUGGAGCGGCGCCGCCGUCCGCCGCGACAGUGUGGUGCACGGCCAGGACAGCCACCCGUACGUGGUGGUGACGGGUGUGGUACGCACGGCCGACCAGAAGCACCGCGGCGUCGUCGUCGUCUCGUCGACGAUGGAAGGCAGCGUGACGGUGAAGGGGUCCAGCCUGGUGACAGUGCGUUGUCUGACUGCCGUCAACUACACCGAGCCGCAGACAUCGGACGAGGCCGCCCGACGCCAACUGACCGAGCUGCGGCUGGAGCAGGCCACCGUGGCGGUGUACACGGAGGGUGUCUCUGAGGAUCCGAGCCGCCUGCUUAGCUCCCAUGUAGAGGUCUGGCGGCGCCUCUGGACUUCCGGCUUUGCCAUCUCGCACUCACUGGCCGAUGAUGUCAUCAACGGCGACGUCAUCAACGCUACACUCUACUACGUCAUGAGUCAGGCUCGGGCGCCGCUGCACGAGAAGACGACGGACCUGUCCCGCCUGCCGGAGCACCGGGCGCACCUGCAGUACACGGAGGGCUGCUAUGGCGACAAGCUGCACACGCUGCAAGCGCACCGGCUCUGGUCGCCGCUGCGCUCCGUCACGGACGUGCUCGAAACGGCCAACCUCUGGCUCAUGCUGCUGGAGAAGAAGGGCUGCCACAACAUGCUGGGCGCGGGCGCGGACGGUGUGAUGCAGGCUAUGAUCCUCAGCAUGGGUGCGCUCAAGUUCUCUAACCAGCACCUGGAGUUCGGCAUGGAGCCCAAGGACCUGCACCGCGACUACGUGUUCCGGCGGCUCAACUUUGGUAACGGCACGCACGUGACGCUGCGCGUGUCGGUGGACGACGACAACAAGGCACACAUAGACGUGACGCUGGACCGCAGCGACAAGUCCUACUUCGGCUGCGACGCCGGCUGUCUGGACGUGCCCGUCCGGCUCGGGUCGGAGCCCACUCGGUUCCCGGUAAAGCUGACCGACCCGCCCACGCCGGUGCUGUACAUCACCUCCGACUGGCAGCACCUGGAGGAGCUCAAGCAUACCAUCCACGUCAAGGAGGUCAACGUCGCGCCGGCGCACGACCACCACCUGAUGGCGCUGCAUCGGCACGGCCAUGCGCUGGGCGGCCUGCCCACCUUCUUCUGGGUGUCCAUCUUCCUGCUGAUCGGCGUUUUCCACCUGUUCCUGGUCAAGCUCGUCAUCAAUGAGUACUGUGGCGGCCAGGAUAAGUUCCGCACGCGGUCGUACUGGCGCGGUGACAGAUCGCAAAUACUCGGACUAUCGGUGAAGGUGCGAUGAGAUGUCGGUGACGGCGGCGGCGGCGGCGGCAGCGGCAGCGUUCGCGCGGCCCGUCCGGCCCUGCUGUGAUACCGCCCGGGGCGCCGGACCGGACCGCGGGAGAUCGAGCUGUGACGUCACGAGAACGGGGCGCGGCGAGCCCGGUUCCGGCGCGCACCGGCGCGGCUCUCGGGUUGGCACUCGACAGUCGCCUGACCAUCUUCCAGAUUGCGUUGUGCGUUUUGGCUGUUGUGCAGUGGAGGCGCCGGGGUGCACAUCUGCGGUGUCCGCUUGCUCACUCGCGACUCGUGCGCCGCCCUGCGUACACUGCGAGGUGGGGGUGGCUGAGUGGGAGUGUGACGUGGAUCGAGGCAUGGCAGCCGCGGCUGGCCGUGCCCGGACGUGUGGCCAUGUUGGUAAUGUACAUGCUGCCGUCAUGAUCGCCGCACAGGACAGCGGCGUGUUCGCGAGGCCUUAGACUUGCGCUUGGCGUGUCCUGAGCGCACUGAAGGCACGUGUGGAGCUUCCACGGCUCUGUGGGCGAGGCUGGGGAUCGGUGGAGGUGGGCUGCAGGCAGCUUAGGGACAGGUGCGCGGUUAUCAGGCCCCUCAACGCUGAGGUUGGGGCUGAGCGGCUUUUUAAGUGGCCGGCGCCGUGCAGUAAUAUCGCAUCCUCGCCGUCCUGCCAUGUGCCAGUUCACAAUCUGCGCAUGCGCCCAUUCCACGUGCCCAAUCUCUCGCUUAUGGGAGGGGUCAUGCACGCAGCUGCGGCACGUUUCCGAGGGCCGGUGGUCUCGGGCUGGGCACACCAAUAAUUUCACCGAGAGCCUCUGCGUUGUGAUUAGUACGAAUGCAAUUCAUGCAAAGGUGUAACCGAGGUGUGCUUGACUGGAACGGAAUGCUGCGAGGAGAAUGUGGCGUUUGUUUCCGUGUCCUUUAUGUUAUUGCUAACUCUUUCUGUAUUUAUUUCCUGUAUUAUCUGCGGCCGGUUUUGUGGUUUCGCACCAUUGCGGUUGGUUUUGUAUUGCAGAUGACUCGAUUGUUAAUAUGAUGCUUGGUGAAUGACCCUUUUGAUUUUAUGGAUAUUACUUCGUUCAUGGAAACUUGUGUUUUAUGAGGUGAUGUCAUGAAUGCGUUUGGGUUGAAGCAAGCGUUGGCACAUGUUCCAUUUUGCAAACGUGACAGUUAUCAUAGCAUGGACUAUGAAGGGACCUUGGAAGCCAGUUGACCCUUAAAAUUUAACAUCGCUGGUGCGCCUUGACUAUCGGAAUGUGAAAGGCCAGCAAGCGGCCAUUAUUCUCGGAACGA